AUGGCAGAAGACUUCACAGGCUUUGCUGUUGAUAAGAGCAACCCCUUCCUCGUGGUGGUGCAAUGCUUGUACAUGGUGGCAGACGAGGCUGCCAUCAAGGCAGCCGCAGGCUCGAAGGGUGCCAGUGGCCUUCGACCAUGCUUGAGGUGUAACGCUGUGUAUGGCCAGCAAACCAACCUGCGAGGUUUCCCAUCAAUUUCGGAAGACGACUACCGCCGCUUUGUCAUCCAGUCAGACCAGGAUGUGAAGGACACUAUGACUUUCCUUCAGCAGCACGCCGACCGCCCAACGAGACUCAAAGAGAAGUUGAGUGGCUGGCAUCUAGUGCCAGAAAGCUUUGUCAUGGACGCUACUUGCAAGAAAUUCUUGCAACCCAGCCGAGUCCAGUACGAUGCCAUGCACAUCUAUUUUUCAAACGGGAUUGUGGGUCAGGAAUUGGGCCUGAUUUUCUCAGCAGCCAUGGAUGCAGGGUUGAACCAAGAGGCCCUGGGCAAUUUCUUGGCCCUUCCAUGGGCCGCGCCCCAAUCCAAAAAAAUCGCUGCUUUUCAACUUCGAGAACUUGCCAAGCUAUUGAAAAGGGGCUCUGACUUCAAAGGUGACGCAAGUCAAACGCUUCACAUGUUGCCAUUGAUGGCGUUCUUUUCUUCAGAGGUGCUCAGUGGCAUAGAGGCAUUGAGCCUUCAAUGUGCAUCACUUGAAAAGUUGAAUUUGGUGUGCCUCCAGAUCCAGGCCUCCAAGCAGAAUGCCAAGGCAGCAAAUGGUCUGAGCGAUGCGCAACGUUCCCAUUUCCAAGCUUUUAAAGCAGCAUACGCAAGCGAAGCUGCCAGGCCCAAACAUCAUUACGCUUUCCACUUGGAAGCUCAGGUUGCUGCAUCGGCUUGCAUGCUGGACUGUUUCACUUGCGAACGGAAAAACAAGAAAUUCAUUUCCAUUGCCGAGAACAUUGUGAAGUUGCAAGACUUCGAAAAAUCAGUCUUGCUCCGGUGGCUUGAGGCUGAUGCGGAACAAUGCCUUCGGUUGACAGAGGACAUGCCCGAUCACGAAGUUUUGUCAAGCCCAUCUGCACUCCUCCCUCCUGAUGUGCUGGGGGAACAUGUCACCAUCAGCAAGUGCAUGUAUUGCCCAUGGGGAACCAUUUCAGCUGGCGAUUUCUUUUUGGAGGGGCAGGACGCCGCUUACAAGAUCUUGGCGUGCAUGCUUCGCGAUGGCAGUGGUGAGGUCUUGGCUUUACAACACGACCGUUUACUGAGUCGCGGCCCCGAGAUGUCUUGGUCGAAGUGGAGCAAUGGGAACCGUGCAGUCUUGAUUCCUGUCGAGAUUGUCAUGCACAUGGCCGCUGUCUCUUUCGCAUGCGCAGACGAUGGCCAAAUCUACCUUCUCCGAUAG